AUGCCCACUGCUAUGCCCUCUGUGUCUAGCCCUCUCAAUGAUUCGCAUACGGCAUUUUCCCUUUGCACCCCAACAACUCUAGACCCGUCACCAACCAGCGAGCCCAUUCGGAAGUACGCCCACCAAGGCGAGCCGAGAUCGAUCGCAUUCUCUUGGGAUGGUAAACUGCUCGUUGUUGGCACGGUAGCGGGAUCCAUCCACAUAUGGGACGUUGCUACAGAGAAGGCUGCCCAUGCGCCCCUCGAGGCCAAGGACAUGGACGCCGUCUUCGCUGUGGCCAUCUCUCCCGAUGGCAAACAUGUCGCCGGUGGUGGUUCCGACAACAUCAUCCGCAUAUGGAACAUCAGCGAGAGUGAAGACGGGGCAGAACCACUCAGGUGCGAGAGCCGCCAUACCGACUGGAUCCAGUCCAUCGAGUUUUCGCCCGACGGAAAGCGCCUGGCGAGCGCCUCACUCGACCAAACGGCCCGUUUCUGGGAUGCAGAGACUGGGCGCGAAGCCUGUGCAGCGCUCAAGGGCCACAGCAGCCACGUAUUCAAGGCACUUUUCACGCCGCUGGGGAACCAACUAGUCACCGGCUCCGCAGAUGGCACGCUCAAGGUAUGGGGUGCUACCUCGCCUGGCAGUGCACCCCGAUGCCUUCGGUCGGUUCAGGUGGCCCCGUCAAACUGCUGUCUUGCGCUCUCACCGAGCGGGAGCACCGUGGCCACGAGCAAUUCGGAUGGGAGUGUCAUCGAGCUGCGCAGCUUAAACAGCAAGCGCGUCACCGAGUUGGGACAGGGAAGGAUAUCUGGCGUUAAUUGUCUGUCGUUUUCGCCGAGCGGCAUGUUCUUGGCCAGUGGCUCCGCUGACGGCUUGCUGCACGUCUGGGACAAGGAUACCAAGGCUAUGGCAACAGAUCCCUACAAGCACCCAUCUGGUGUACAGGCAGUCGCUUUCUCCCCUGACGGACGUUGGGUGGCCAGCGCGUGCAGGGAUGGUUAUGUCUACCUUUGGUACAUUGGUGAUAUUAUCAUGGACAUUAGCGACCAAUUGACGAAUGGCGUCGAGACCAGCAGCACCGCGAGCACCAACGUUCACGACGAUCCCCGUACAACGUCUUUAGUGUUGUCUCUGAGACGGAACUUUCCCUGGCUUGAACGAGACCUAAUGAUGGACUCCCCGACUACAGAGGUGAGCGAUCUGACGUUCUGGCUUCCCAUCCUAUGUCUCACCUACCACUUUGUGUUUCCUAUCAUUUUGGAAUGCUUCUCGCCUUCUCAGCUCAUGUUUGACCAGCGGUGUCCAUACUUACUUUCAGGCGAACCUAGCUGCCAACAAAGUAUCAUGAGUGAAUCGGGAGCUGAGUAUGCACUUGGCGGAAUACCAACACCCUUCAUCGAUAGACGACCACGAACACGACGUUCAGAAUUCUACUCAGACCUCCUAACCCGGCUUCAGCCGUCAGCGUCUUCUCGCGAGCCUGAUCAAACGCUUCCGCACAUGGAAAGGCCGCGGGCACUCGCAUACUCCUCAAAUGGAAAACACCUUGUCGUCGGUACCGAGGGGGCGGUCGUUCAAAUAUGGGACCUCGAGUCAGGUUCUGUUGAACAAACACUCGAAGAUGCCAGUGGUGGCAUGGGCGCCGUCUUUGCCGUGGCCAUUUCCCGCGACGGGAAGCGCGUUGCUAGCGGCGGAGCCGACAACACCGUCCGUGUUUGGGACGUAGAAGGGGGCGGGAAGCCCAUUGCAUGUUCAGGACACCGUGAUUGGAUCCAGACCCUCGACUUUUCUGACGCACCCGACGGCCCGUUGCUUGCCAGUGGGUCCCUCGAUCAGACAGCCCGUCUCUGGCGGGCAUCUACUGGUCAGCCCGCGGAAGAUUCAGUCUGGGCUCAUAAGGGAGACGUAUUCAAGGUCGCCUUCACUCCAGACUAUAACAAACUUGUUGCUGGCUCAGGAGACGGAACGCUCUCGGUCUGGGAUGUCUGGUCAAACUGCGACGAACCUCACCGAGUGCGCAUCAAUCCCUCUAACCGCUGUCUGGCGCUUUCACCAGAUGGCAGGACCAUCGCGACGAGCAACGGGGAGGGAUCGAUUAUCGAGCUACGAAAUCUGAAAGGGAGGUUGGUCAGAAGAGCAGUCAGGGACUCGGCAUUGAACAUCAGCAACCUCUGUUUCUCCCCGGAUGGUAACUUUUUGGCGAGUGGCUCCAACGACGGUUUUGUCACCGUGUGGGAUAUCCAGGAUGGGGUGCCAGCAGCGCAGCCAUUCAAGAAUGGCACUCUGCCUAUACAGGCCAUCGCCUUCUCUCCAGACGGGCAACGUCUCGCCAGCGCAUGCGGCAACGGGGAGGUAUGCAUUUGGGACGUGAGCGACAUUGUGCCAUGGCGGACACUCGAGGGCACCGUCACAGUCGUUUACUCUCAUUCGCAGACGACUGUGGCCGAGGCGGACGAUGAUAAGUCGACACAUUCAGGCUCACAUCAAGAGUCCAGGUCUCUUCUAUCAGCCCCAAGUCCAACGGCUGUUUCGGAGCGGCAGCCAUCUGACUCCACGAACGUCGAUCGACGCCGAAAUUCUGGCGAGGAGUCAUUCAUGGAUGUUGGUGUUUCUACAUACUUAAUCUCUGUCUAG